AUGUCAGGUAACAAUAAUAGAAAAAUAAGCCGCGUAAUCAAAUAUGAAAAUAGCAGUAAUAAAGAUUUCAUUAGGAAGUAUUUAGUAGAAACAAGAAACGAAUUUAUAGAAAAACAAAUGAGAGCAUUAUAUGAAUGCCGGGAAAUAUAUAAAGAUGAUAUAGAUGAAAUAAUAAAUAUUCUUUCGUAUGCAUUAGAAAAUAAUGAUAGUGCACUUUUAAGACAUGAAAUUGCAUAUGUUAUAGGACAAAUAAGUAAUGAGAAGUGUAAUGAUAUUUUAAUUAAAUUAUUAAAUGAUAAAGAAGAAAAUUUAAUGGUUAGGCAUGAAGCUGCUGAAGGGUUAGCUGCAAUAGGUAGUAAUUCAAAUAUUGAAAUUAUAAGAAAAUUUUUAGAAGAUGAAAAAAUAGAAGUUCGAGAAACAUGUGAAUUAGCCCUAAGUUCGUUAUUAGAAAAAAAUAAAUAUACAGUAUGUUCAUGCGCUAAUAAAGAUAAUAGGAAGGAAGUUUUAAAAAAUAAAAAACGAAAUGGUGAAUUUGUUUCAAAAAAAUAUAAUACUAUAGAUCCAGUUGUAUUUACAUUGAAUAAUAAUAAAAGUGUUGAUGAAUUAAUUGAAGACUUAAAUAAUGAGAAUAUUCCUUUAAAAUUAAGAUAUGAAGCUUUAUUUAAGUUAAGAGAUUUAGAAUCUGAUGUAUCUUUAAAUGCAUUAGGUGAAGUUUUAAUAAAAGAUAAAGCAUCAGCAAUUUUUAGACAUGAAGUUGCAUUUGUGUUAGGUCAAGUAUUGAGUUUAAACUCUUUGAAAUAUUUAAUGUCAUCCUUGACAAAUAUCAAGGAACAUGAAAUGGUUAGACAUGAAGUUGCGUUAGCUUUGGGAUCUCUUGGCAGCUUAAAUAUAAAUUCGCAAGAAUAUAAAAAUAUUCAGAGUGUUAUUAUAAGUACUUUAAAAACUUAUUCAAAAGAUAAAUGCAGGGUUGUAUCUGAAAGUUGUCUAGUUGGACUGGACUAUAUAGCAGAAAACUUAAACAUUGCAUUUGAAAUAAAUUAA